AUGAGCUCUUCGGGCAUUAACAAGCGAACGAGGGCCAGUAUUGAACCCAAUGGUCUCCAAGACGAGGCUCGGGAAACCGCAAUUCCCGUAUCCACGGUGACUAAGAAGAAGAAGAAGAGAGGCAGGCAUGCUGUCGCCUGUGCCUCGUGUCAUCGCCGAAAACAACGUUGCGACGGCAGUCACCCGUGCUUCAACUGCAGCCGCAGAGGAGUAGGACAUAGUUGCACGUAUGCAAACCAUACCGCCGCAGUCUCAGCCCAAUUAUCUCUGGAUAGCCUUGGAAGACCGUCCACAGGGUCACCUAGAACCCCCGGUAUCAGAAAUAUCGACAGCUCUGGGGAGGAGGCGCGACCGUUGCCAUCACGCCGCUCCAGUGAAUCUGGCAACACGCAGUCUCGAAAUGGCGUCGGCGAUGCACCCGAGUGCUCCGUGGGAGACUUAUUCAGGAGCAGAGAUGCACCCUCGUUCUUCGGGUCAUCGUACUUUGGGCCCCAGGCAGCGGCGAAAAUAAUAGAAGCGCCGGCUCCUGAAUUCUCGUCUGGCCUCCCGCACAAGUCUCUUGCGAGUUCCACGCACUCGUUCCGCGACGAAGGCGGACCUUUUUCUCAGAUAUGGGACCUACUAGGAAUUCUGCCACGGAGGAAAGCAACCGUUGACCGACUGACAGAGUGCUUUCUUGAAGAGUUGAACUGGGCUAUCGAUGCGGUUGAGGCGAAGGACUUCAGGGUCAAGUACGACACUUUCUGGUCAAGGAAGUUUGGCUUUGAUGAUUUUGCCACGAUAGACCUCAGAUGGCUGGCACUUCUCUUCAUAGUGCUCGCGUAUGGAGUUCUUCUUGAUUGUCCGGAACCCAAAAACAAGGAUAUGGCCCGCGAGCUGCAAGACACCUCGCUCCGCUUCUACUGGGCCGCAAGACGCGCUAUAGUCAUUGCGCCUACGUUCUAUGGAGAGUCGGUCGACCUCGUCAGGGCCGGAGUAUUGGUUACACGGUAUCUCAUCUACACACGCCGCAUUCCUGAAUCGUGGCUUACUACUAGUUUUGCGAUGCGCAUGGCACAAGCCCAGGGAAUGCAUAUUGACGGCGAGCGAUGGAGGCUAUCGCGGCAAAAGACGGAGACCCGACGCCGCCUAUGGAGUCACCUCUAUACACUAGAUAAGACCAUCGCUCUAGCCAUUGGGCGUCCUUUUGCCAUCGUGGACCAGCAAUGCCUCGUUAAGCUAGCGUCUAAUGUCUACCUUGAUGAGAUGGAUGAGGUGGAGGCAGAAGACGUUACAGAGCAGCCAUUAUCCGAGCCGACCUUAAGCCUGGGCAAUCGACUUGCGCAUGAGCUGGCAGUAAUCAUAGGGAAGAUCCAAGAGCGGUGCUUUGGACUUUUCCAGGUCUCUUAUGACACUGUCCUUGCUCUAGAUGCAGAAGUCAUCACGUGGAAAGAAAGGCUGCCUCCGUACUUCAGGCUCGAGAAUCCAGACAUCUCCAAGGACAACACCUUGAUGUGGCUACCCUGGAACAGGCUUCGACUUCAUAGCAUGUUUCAUUUUGCCAGGGUUACCCUCCACCGUCCGUUUCUUUUACGGCAAUCCAUUACCAACCGUUAUCGCAUCAGCAACGAUGUCUGUAUCGCAUCGGCGUGUGCCGACCUUGACAUGCGUCUGAAGUAUUUCGCACAACCUCUAGCAGAUAGGAUGAAGUGGACCCUCGGCCCUCAUCAUAUGUUUAACAGCGCUCUAGUCCUAGGGAUUAUUGUCGUCCGCGAUCCAAAUUCCCGCCGUUCUCAGGCCAUUUUAGAGGAUCUGGCCGCCUAUUGCGAGAUGCAGCGGAACGACAUUUGGCUCAAUGAGUUUGCACUGGCUGAAGUCAAGAUCUGUGAGCUGUGUAUCAAGAAAGCACGGCAGACAGCAAACAAAGGCCCUCGUCAACAAGUCCCGAGUACAAACUCUACACCAGCCAUGAUGCCGUCCCCAGCUCAAUCUUCGCCAACAGACCAUUUACCACAGCCGACUGUCACGGCGGAACCGGCGGCAAUGAGUGACCAGCUCCACGAUCCGUUCUUUGGGAACCCGAUAGGGGGAGCUCUAGGAUCUAUACCGCUAGGAGGCCCAAUGAUGUGGGACGAACAGUCAUACGCCUUCCCCGAGACAGCCAAUUUGUCGCAAUGGGAACAUGUAUUGGAUUCAAUCAUGCAGGAUCACCAGAUUCUAGACUGA